UCCUUGUCAGAUAGACGUUUAUAAAAUACUUGAUUUCUAACUAGGUUGUAAGAAACUUUUUAACAUUGAACAAGGUUAAAGUUCACUUUUCAUCAUCUCAAAAACAAACUGUUGAGGCUGCAGCUUUGCUCUAUCUAAAAACAAUGGCCAGUUUUACAGAGCUUGUGAAUGGAAUGAAGACUGCCUUCAGGAGUGGGAAAACUAAAUCCUAUGAAUGGAGAAGACAACAAUUAGAGGGAGUUCUCAAACUGAUGGAUGAAAAUAGAGAGGAAAUUACAGAUGCAUUAAAGAAAGAUUUACACAAGCCCAAACUUGAAGCUGUUGUGUUUGAGAUUGACUUUUGUAGAAAUGAUUUGAUUGAAACAAUGAACAACUUAAAGGAAUGGAUGAAACCAGAAAAGGUUAAAAAGUCACUAUUGAAUUUGAUGGACACAGCUUAUAUAAAGAAAGAACCAUACGGUGUAGCCCUUGUGAUAGGGGCAUGGAAUUAUCCCAUACAGCUUACCAUUAUGCCAUUAUUUGGGGCUCUAGCAGCAGGUAAUUGCGUUUUAUUGAAGCCCUCAGAAGUAUCAUGGAACACAGCUCAGUUGCUGGAGAAAUUGAUUCCAAAAUAUUUGGACAAUGACUGUGUUAAAGUUGUAAAUGGAGGAGUGGCAGAAACAACAGCUUUACUGAAAGAGAGAUAUGACUACGUCUUCUACACUGGAAACACAUUUGUAGGAAAAAUUGUCAUGAAAGCUGCUAGUGAAUAUCUAACUCCAGUCACAUUAGAACUUGGAGGCAAAAGUCCAGUGUAUGUAGAUAAAAAUUGUGAUUUGAAGGCAGUAGCCAACAGACUUAUGUGGGGGAAAACAUGUAAUGCUGGACAGACAUGUAUAGCUCCUGAUUAUGUCAUGUGUACAAAGGAUGUUCAGGAACAAUUAAUUCAGAGCAUGAAAACAACAUUGGGUGAAUUUUUCCCUGAUGAUCCUUCAAAGUCAGAAAGUUACGGCAGAAUGGUCAAUUCUAGACAUUUCCAACGAGUAAAAAAGAUGAUUGACAGCAACCAAGAUAGUAUUGCUAUUGGUGGGGAUACAAAUGAGAAGGAUAAUUAUAUCUCUCCAACAAUAUUAAAAGAUAUCAAGUUUACAGAUGCUGCCAUGAAUGAAGAGAUAUUUGGGCCUGUUCUACCUAUAAUACCAGUAGCUAAUGAAGAUGAUGCAAUCGAACAUAUUGUCAGUGGUGAGAAACCUCUAGCUAUGUAUGUCUUUUCAAAUGAUAACACAGUAAAAGACAAGUUUAGAAACUCUACAAGUAGUGGUGGUCUAGUUAUUAAUGAUACCAUGAUGCAUGCAGGAGUAAUGACCUUGCCAUUUGGAGGUGUUGGUAACAGUGGUAUGGGAGCUUACCAUGGCAAGUUGACCUUUGACACAUUCAGUCAUAAUAGAGCUUGCUUAGAGAGAGAACUUAAAAUGGAAAGUUUACAAAGUAUCCGUUACCCUCCAUAUACACAGAGGAAAAUGGGAAACAUUAGAUGGGCCACAACGAAGAAGCUGAAGGGAAGAUCGUUUAUGUCCUAUGUGCCAUUCUUUGUGAUUGGAACAAUUGCUGCCUAUGUAAUUAAGGUAUUUGGACUUCACAAUAAAUUGCCAUUCUUCAAUGAAUAACCAAAGACUAAUAACUGUUAUAUGGUAUUUACAGGGACACAUUUGUUUGUUUGAAGUAAAACAUAUAUCUUGAUGAAAGUCAGCAUCAUAUGUUAUUAAAAAAAAAUAUUGUGAAAAUAAUUGUUUGACAUAUAAGUAAGUUAAUAUCAUUAAUACACUUUUUGUUUUAUGUAUGGUUGUAAAUAAUGAUAAGUAAAAAUUCAAUUAUGUAAAAUUGUUUGUUUCUCCUUUUACAGACUCAUUCAGUGAUUUUUAUAUUUUUUUCUUCAAGUAAUAGAAUAAGUUUCAUCUGGGUUCCAGAAAAAAACUUACGUACCUUCUACUGUAAUUCAGCGGGUAUGAAAGGAGAAGCAGACAUUUUUUUUUAUCCAUGACCUUUUGUAUUGAGAAUAUUAGUUUAUCUUGAUAGCAAAAGAUAAAUUGUUGGUUGUCUUAAAUAGCUUUAAAACUUAAGUAGUGCCAUUAGUAUUAAUAUUUAAUAAGUUGACAUUUUAUUUUACAUCUGAUUAUUUGUUAAACAUAUUAUUGAUAAUGAUUUUACAUAGUAAAAAGCAUAUACAAUUUUUAUAAGGUUAAGGACAAGUCCUCAGUUACAAAUCAUAAUAUUAUUGCUUUUUGUUAUUAUUUUCACUGUUCCAUGUAUAAUCUUUUUGUGUUGUCAUUGAAAUAGUUCAUUACAAAAUAAGUUGACUGCAUAAAAAUGUUUUGAACUAGGUAUGUCUUUAUUGAUGUUUAGAUUGUGUGCUUAAAAGUACAUUCCUAUAUCCCCAUAAUAGUAGGAGCUUAUUAACCAUAAGGUUGAAUCAAUUUUGUUGUUGUUUUAUUAUAUAUGGUAUUUUAUUUAUAUCUGUUGACUAAUAUAUGAUAAUUGAGAAUAAGUGAUAUUUUUUGGUGUAUAUAUGACUAAGUUUCUGAGUUAUUCUGUGAAGUAAUUGCUAGUAUCAAAAUAACAAGUGUUUAUUGAUGUUCCACAUAUUACCAAUGAAUGGAAAGUCUUCAUUGAUUAAGAACUCACAUAGAACAGACAGAUAUAAACCGAUCCUAAUUUGAAACUGACUAAAUAUCAGACAAUCAGACACAUGUUUUUGAAGUACAUCGUAUAAUUGUAUUUAUAUUAUCAUGUACAUGACAUUUUUUGUAUAAUUAUUUGUAUGAAAAUGUUUAAGUAAUAAAGAAAUAUUUUGCACUAAGA